AUGAGAUGUAGACAUAUCUGGGACUUUCAACCUAGUGGCUUGCAUACUAAUCCAACUAAAUGUGUCAAAUCACACUUUCGCCUUUUUUUCCAAUAUCACAAGCCAAUGGAUAUUCCACCUCGCCGAACACGUUACAAUGACAAGAAGGAAUAA